GAGCUACUGGCGGGAGCUAUGGUCAACAAGCGGGGUACCCCCACAUCGUGAACCUCGUCCAACGGCAGCGCAUGCUGGUAGGUCUCACGAGAUGCUCUCGACGACGCGCAAGUCUAGGCACUGGAUGCCUUUCACCGAUCCAGUGUCUCUACUCCUGCCCUUCAGCUCCCCACAUCCUUCUUGACAUCGAUUCUUUCAACCCUCAAGGACAGAGCUCUGAUUACAAGAAACACCAUGGCGCCCCACAGUAUAGAGCUCAAGCAUCCAAAAGGUCGUGAGCUGCUAGGCGGCGAUCUUCUUGCGCAAUGUCUGCACCAGCUUGGUGUCCGUACUGUAUUUGGUCUGCAUGGUGGCCAUCUCGAUGCCUUCCUGAUGGGAUGCUCAGAUGCAGGCAUUGAGCUCAUUGAUACACGACACGAGACUGUCGCUGUGCAGGCAGCUGAAGGGUAUGCCAAGGUUAGCGGUAAUACCGGCUGCUGCUUCGUUACCGCCAACAGUGGCUUCUGCAAUGGACUUCCUGGCCUGGCCACGGCGUUUGCGGAUCGAAGCCCCGUCUUCUGCGUCACGAGCAGCCCACCCCUGAGAGACGCAGAGACGAAUUGUCUUCAGGGCUUCCAUGAUCAAGUAGUGCUUGCCAAGCCCGUUACCAAGUUUGCACAUCGCGUCACAAACGUCGGCGAGAUUCCUCGCAUUACAAGUCUGGCCUGGCGCAUGGCCAGCUCGGGAACGCCCGGACCGGUUCUUGUUGACUUUCCGAUUGAUGUGCUAUUCACGCCUGUGGAGAAGGAGUCGAUUGCCUGGGGAAAUGUCACUGGUCCACUUGUAACAAUGCCUGGACCUGACCCAGCUGCCAUCGAUCAGAUAGCAUCGCUUUUGCAAGAAGCUGAAAGGCCUGCUAUCAUUGUGGGUACCGGGGCUCGCAGCGCUGUCGAUGACAUUGUGGCCCUGGCUGAUGCUAUUAGUAUCCCCGUCUUCCAUAGCCCAAAGUUCAGUACUGGCAUUCCGACAAAUCAUUCUUUCCAUGCUGGAUCUGCUCUUAAUCUUGGUCUUCUCGCCGCAACUGGCAAGCCACAACCAGAUUUGGUUCUCCUCUUGGGUGCACGCACAGGUUUCCUUCUCGGUGGUCGCAGCGGCGCCAUAGUACCCACCAGCUCUUGCAAGAUUGUUCAGAUCGACAUCGACGGUACUGAGAUAGGUCGCUCGGAGCACGUUGACCUAGGUAUUGUGUCAGAUAUUAAACUCGCCGUCUCUGCACUGAACAGAGCUGUCAGCCAAGACAACUCCAAGUACAAGACGAAAGAGGCGUGGAUUCGCACAGCCUUGGGCCUCAAGUCUUUCCGCGCCUCUCACAAUGAAAGCGAACCCAAGAUCGAUGAGACCAACGGGCACUUGCAUCCUUACCAUGCCGUCAAGAAGUUGUUCCAGUUCAUCCCCAACGGCUCGAUAAUCUGCAUCGACGGCGGCGAAGUCGGCGGCUGGGCUCUGCAAAACUUACCCGAAGCAUCUGCCUCCCUCUCCAUGGUCUGCACCGGCUACCUAGGCUUCCUGGGCAACGGCUGGGGCUACUCUCUUGGCGCCGCCGUCGCCGACCGCUCACGCCUCGUCCUCAACAUCCAGGGCGACGGCAGCGCCGGCUUCCACCUAGCCGAGCUCGACACCUUCAGGAAAUUCAACCUGCGCGUCCUCACCGUCGUCGUCAAUAAUGAAGUCUGGGGCAUGAGUCUCGCGGGCCAAGACAUGAUCUACGGCGACACCACCACCGUGCGACCCGCGUCGAGGCUCAACAAGUCUACCCGCUACGACAUUAUUGCGCAGGGUUUCGGGCUGCCGGGUCUCUUGGUCGACGCCACGGCCUCGCUCCCGCAGUCGCCGCUCGAUCCGCGCCGCACGUCGUUCCUAGACCGGGGCUCAAGCGACGAGACGCGUGCGCAGAAGGCGCUGAAUGCACUGGGCGACGCGAUCGAUGAGGUUGUGCAGAGCGAGGGACCCGGGUUGAUUGAUUUGCGGGUCAGCAAUCGACCGCAUCAGGAUAUGACGAAGAGUAUGGUCGGUAUGACGAGCGAUCCUGAUGUGAUUGUUGUGCCAUAUUAUGACAAUCUGCCUAGGCCGUAUUAUAAGGGUAAGGGGAAGGUGGGAGAGGAAGGGGAGAGGAGGGAUAGUGGAGCGCAGCAGGGUGUUGGGCAGGGUAUUGAGCAGGGUGCGUAUUAAGUAUCUAUUGGACUUCGGUUGGGGGUAGCGAUGUGAGUUCGCAAUGCUAAAUGGCCCGUUGGCCUGAUUGUACUAGCUGAUAGUAGUGCUGAGCUGCGAUUGUUCUGGUGUAAUACGUGACGAUGACUUGGAGGACUAUAGAGCGAGUGGGUGACGCAUCUUAAACUCCU